AUGGUGAAAGAAGGGGAUAUUUAUAAGUUGGGAAGUGGCGGUCCAAUAUCGGUAAUGGCCGACCACCGUCUGACACGCAUUAAAUACCUCGAAAAAUUGAACCGAUGGGACAACUAUCGUGUACGUCACGAUCGGAUUCGAUGCACACAGACUGCGCAGUGUAUUAGGGAAGCCACUAAAGAGGUAUUAGGGAUCUCGAAAGAUUACUUUGGUGGACACAGAGGAGAUUGGUGGUGGAAUGAAGAGAUGCAAGAAAAAGUGAAGACCAAGAAAGCGACAUAUCUGAAGCUAGUGAAAAGUGUAGACGAGGAGGAAAGAAGGGUGAAUAAGGAGCAAUAUAAGUUAGCUAAGAAGGAGACGAAAUCAGCAGUUACGGCAGCUAAGACUGCAACUUUUGGUCGUUUGUAUGAAGAACCCGAGCGCAGAGGUGGGGAUAAAAGGUUGUUCAGGCGGAUUAGAGUUGAGGAGGUUGAGGGGGUUAUGCGUAAGAUGAGCAGGGACAGAGCGACCGGGCCAGAUGAAAUCCCGGUAGAGUUUUGGAAGAGUGCGGGCAAUACGGGCUUAGAGUGGCUCACUAGGUUAUUUAAUGUCAAUUUUAGAACAAAGAAGAUGCCCGAGGAGUGA